AUGAUGUUCAAAUUAAUAUUGGCAGUCAUUCUCCACUUUUUUGUAAUCUGCCAUGCAGGUACAGUAUUGGAAAAAUUGGCUAUAAUGAAUGGCACUGUAGCUACUGAAGGUCAAUUUCCAUAUCAAGUUGGAAUACAAUGGACUUACGGGGGAUCACACUUUUGUGGAGGGUCCAUAAUAAAUAAGCGCUAUAUAUUGACUGCCGCUCAUUGCAUAUAUAAUGAUCCAUUUGAAAAUUCAAAAACAUCAACCUCAGAUAAUGAAAAUUUUUAUUAUGAUAAUUUUAGUUCCAAGGCAUUGAACUAUGAAAGCUCUGAUUCAACUCUUGCAAAUUCAAAUUAUGAAAAUUCUGACCUUGAGAGCUCAACUUCCGAAGGUUCAGGUGAAUCAAAUUAUGAGGGAAAAAAUGAGGAUGAUGGCAUAUUAGAUCCAAAAUCUAUUAGAAUCUUCGUUGGUGCCAAUAAGUUAAAUGAUAAAAAUGGUAUCAUUUAUAAAGUUGAAAAAAUUAUUAAGCAUAAACACUUCGCAAAUCAUAAAUUCAAAUCUGAAUUAGCUGACAUUGCAUUGAUCCGAGUAACAGAAGAUAUUGUAUUCAAUGAUAAAGUACAGCCAGUAAAGUUGGCUUCUUCAGAAAAUAAAGAAGAUGUACUGCCAGUAGGUGCCUCUGUAUUCAUUGCUGGUUGGGGAUACACGCGUAAAUGCUUGGAUUUUCAUGAAGAAUAUGUCAAUGACUUACGCAUGGCUAAGAGAACGAUUUAUGAUUUCGAUAAAUGUCAAUCCGAGUACUUACAGGAUAGUCUUAAAAAAUUUGAAGAACCAGAAAUACCGCCCGGUAUUCAUCAAGAAGUAAUAUGUUCUGUUGGUUUCCAGUACAGUUGCAUGGGAGAUUCUGGUAGUCCGGUAGUUGACGAAAGAGGUUUUCAAGUGGGCAUUGUAAGUUUCAGUGAAGAUCUCCUUCCAGAUGUCCAUACGAGUGUGAAGUUUUACUCACAAUGGAUCGCUGGUAAUUCCAUAAUAACAGAAAAAUAA